UUCUGCACGUUGUUACGGCCGAGUACACAACUAAUAACGUUUUUAAGUGAAGACACGGACAAACCUAGAGUUCUACCAUCCUGGGCUGUGGUUUAAUUUGUGCAGUGGACAGUUAUUUCGGUUUACAAUGAUGAUCCACGGUAAUGGCUAGCUAGCCACAGCGAGCUAAUGCAUGCAGAGGGGCGUGCAGACAUGAGAGCACGCUAGCCAUGUUAGCCAGCGGUGAGCCAGUUGUUUACAGGUCGCUUUAUCAGUCAACAUAAGAUCAACAGAUGACCGAAUUGAUGGGAACUACUCUCCUGGAGGCCGUUUAACACCAAAUAUUCCCAACAAUGGUGGUUUUAGCUGUUGAAUGGCUGAAGAUGCGGCCGUAGUAUUGUCAGUUGUGUUUACAUUGCUAUAAUAGUGUGUUGGUUGGGCUAAAUUAGCGUAAACAUUUUUUCUAACUGUGAGACGUGAAAAUAUGUACACAUAAUCUCAUUUAACUUGGAGUGCAUGCACGCAGUUGUCUGUUUAUAACGUGUAGGUCGAUAAUUCUCAGUUUCUGGUGUUACAUAAAGCUAGCCCAGUAGUUUAUUACACGGGUAUGUGUAGGACUUGAAGCCCACCUGUGUGGACACAUAGCGCCAUAAACUUCGGUAGCAGUGAAAAUUAACACUAAAAUUAAUUGAAAAUAGUCUUUUUUUAACUGUUAGUGGACUAGAAAGACUUAGUGUCUGUACUAGGACAUAGUUUUCCUGCUUGACAGUAAAUUUGCAGCGAAUCGGGGAUAGAGUAAUGAAAACAUACUCUAUCAGAGAUCAGUCAUUGUUUCUGUAGUGUCUAUUCAUAUCCAAUGUUUUUUCAACGCAUUUUAAGCAUUUGGAUUUCUUAAAAGGGGAUACACUUUUUUGAAUAGAGUGAUUUGCAGAUAUGUUUUGUACAUUUAUGUUGAACAUUUCUAAUGAUGAUUGUUGAAUUCAUUUAUCUGCCACUUUACUUUCUGAACCUGAGCCUACACAGAAGCCUUCAUACAAAGCCUGAUUUGCAUCUCCUCAAAGUGUAACUAAAUAGCAGGUUAGGCUCAGUGGAUGGAGCAGGCGCCCGUGUGCACAGGCUGUAGUCCUUGAUGCACUGGUUGGGGAUCGAUUCCCAGUCUCGGUGUGUGUUGGGUGCAUGUCUUCCCCUAUUCUCUCCCCGUGUUUCCUAUCUCUCUUCAGCUGUCCUAUCCAAAUUACGGCUAAAAGGCCAAAAAAAAAAAAAAUGACCAAGAUUCAUCAGUGCUCUGGAGUUGGUUUGCUGGACAGCACCAGGUGACUGGCAGUAUCAGGCAAUGGAGGAAGCAGAUGGAGAAUCUGUGGAGCCUGGCACGUCAGCAGGAGGAGGAGAGCCAGAGCUGAAACAGCGAGCUUCACCUGGAUUACUUGAUGAUGGAGCGGAGGCUGACUCGGCUGCUGAACAAGUCAUAAAAAGUGAAGAAACUGAACAUGUGGCUGUAUCCUCGUUGCAGCCGUCUUCCCUCACAGAAGAGACUGUCACUAAAGUUUUAGUUCAAGGUGAGGAUUCUGGAGGAGGUUCGGACUCUGAAAAGCCUGGCGCUGUGGUAAAAACUGAGGAAGAGUUUGACAUAAAAGAAAGUCCUGAUAUCAGCAAGGAGACAAAUAUGGAAAACAAGGAGGGAAAAACGGGCGCAGAUAAAAAGGAGGAGUCCGACGACACAAUGCCUGAAGAGCGACCUCUGGGCGGUCAUUUAGGGGUUUCUGGAGCAGACGACCUCGAUGAAAUGAUGGACAUUGGCACCGUGGAUCAAGUGGAGCAAGAGGCUCAGAUGAAAGAGCAGAAGGAAAACAUGAUGGAGGUGGACAGCAGCCGCUCAGCCUCUGUGGUGGACGACAGUAACUCUGUAGAGGAUGAGCCUGAUGUCAAACCCACGGUGGUACCACCAGUUUUAGAAGAGGACCAGACACAGGACGUGAAAACAACUGUAGACUCGAUGCAGUCCGUCUCGUCUCCAUCAUCUGAGGCCACUGCCAGUACAGGACGGGACAGCUCAUCACCAGCAACCUUGAUGAACGGGAUGAAAGUAGUGAAGCUGUCUCUACCCAGAAUAGAAAAUGAAAGGUUACAUACUUCCUCUCAGACAACCCCCUCCGCUGCCUCUCCUCCUUUGGUGAAGGUGAAGGAUGAACCCAUAGACGAAGAGUACGAACAGGCUCAGAUAUCCUCCACGUCUACAGCUAACGUGAAGGAUGAGCCCAACACUGCAAAGGACGACUUGAGGAUCGGGUCGGUGUUCUCUGUGACUCCAUCUACAGAAGCUCAUGCGCCGGCCAUCAUCAACCCCCCGUCAUCGCUCAUGAACUGUGCAAACUGCAAGAAGAGCCUGACGAAGGGACAGACGGCUUUCCAGAAAAAGGGGAAUCCAUUACUCUUCUGCUCCACAGCCUGCCUCACCACGUCUCUACCCUCAAACAUUGGAAACACAAAGAUCUGCCAGAUCUGUCAGAACUGCCAGAAGCUGAUUCUGCGGCCUCAGGAAGUCAUUCUGGCUCCAGACAAUAAAGGAGGCAUGAUGGAGUUCUGCAGCCAGCGCUGUCUAAAUGCCUUCACCUUUAAGAAAACCCCCACGAACUACAGGACGUUCCCCAACAACAAAGACACAACUCAGCCUGCAGCAUCACAGUCCGUCUGUAGCAUGUGCAACAGAUACUGUGUGAGCAAACACGAGGUGAUCCUGAGUGGCUCUGUCCAUAAGAUCUGCAGCGACUCCUGUUUUAAUCGUUUCCGGACAGUAAACAACCUCUCGAUGGCCGGCUGUGCAAACUGCGGCUCAUACUGCCACAGCAAACCCAUCAUGCUGAAGCUGUACGACGUCAACAAAACUCUGUGCAACCUCGACUGCUUGGCCAAGUACAAAGAGAAAACAAAGACAGCCCAGCCAUGUACGAUGUGUCAGUCCACCCGGAUGGUCUCAGAGAUGGUGGACAACAAAAACAAAGACGACUCUGUGAACCUCUUCUGUAGCAGCAGCUGUGUGAUGGCGUACAAGGUCAAGACUGUCAGUGCCUCAGGUUCUCGUUUGAGUUGUGAUAACUGUGGGAAAAAUACAGUCCCAGCCUACCACCUGGCCAUGUCGGAUACCUCCAUCAGGAACUUCUGCACCCUUCCCUGCGUCAUGGCUUUUCAGGAUAAAUUUAAGAAGGCCCAGAAACAGGUGAAUGUUUUCACCAAGCUGCCAAUCGGAUCUACCCAAAUCCAGGCAGUCGAACCUCUGCAGCCUCAGCCAGAAGUCCCCAAAGGACAAAAGAAGCUGAGCUGUGCCCAGUGUAAAGUCAACAUAACGUUCAAACCUGAACUCAUCCAGAUCAAGGAGAAGUUGCUGUUUGUGUGUAGCGUCGACUGUUCUCACGAGUUUAAGAAAGCCAACAACGUCACAAGCCUGUGUGAAUACUGUAAGAUUGAAAAGAUCACCAGAGACGCCAAGAGAAUUAACAACAAAAACUGCUUCUUCUGCAGUGACGGCUGUAAGCUCCUCUUCAGACACGAUCUGACUAAACACUGGGGCAAACACUGCAGCUCCUGCGUCUACUGCCACUGCAUGUCCAAGAAACUGGUGACGGCUCAGUACGGAGGCUCCACAGAGGAGUUCUGCUCUGAGGAGUGCAGGUCCAAAUACACCAUGCUCUUCUGCCAUGUUGCAAAGUGCGACACCUGCGGCCGUAAAGGUAAACUGAAGCAGAGUCUCCCUAUGCUGGGAGAAGUCAAACACUUCUGUGAUCUGUUGUGUCUGCUGCAGUUCUGCUGCGAUAACGUCACCAGGCCAGAGGAGAUCUUCAAAGGUGCAGUAGAGGACACGCCUGUCAUCGCCAACGUCAUGUCUCUUGCAGGGAAAUCCAGCGCCCCUGAAAGGACAACUCGAAGUCAGACAGAGAAAGUGAAAGCAAAUCCUCCUCCUGCACCAAAAAUUCUGAAGAACAAGGCUCUGCUUUGUAAACCUCUGGUGCAGAAUAAAGGAGUUUCCUGUAAAACACAGACAGUCGAUGUGGAAGCACAAACAGAGGACAUCUUCCCUAAAGUCAUGGUUGUACCCAUCCCAGUGCCAGUAUACGUUCCUGUACCAAUGAACAUGUACAGUCAGUACACGCCAAAACCAGUCGGCCUGCCAUUACCGCUUCCUGUACCCAUGUUCCUCCCAGUGACCAUGGAUAGUGCAGAACAAAUCGUUGAAACCAUCCAGGAGAUUAAAGAAAAGAUCCCAUCUGACCCCUACGAGGCCGAGCUCAUCCUCAUGGCUGAGAUGGUCGCAGAAGAUGACGAGAAGCCCGACCAGAAGGCAAGACUGAAGGAGAAAGUGGUGGAAAAAGAGAGACCAAGACAAGAGGUGCCUGCACCAGAAGACCACACCAGCAACUACAGUGACGACCUGGACAGUGAGGAUUUAGCCAGUUUCCUGAACAACUGGGAGGAUGCCUCUUCUGACGCAGGUCUCAGGUCUCCCAGUCGACUGUACGCCAACGAGAAGCUCAACCAGAUAUUAGACAUUCCCGUUGGGAUGCCCAGUGAGCCGUACUCUGAACCUCCACCUCCAGCUCCGCCUCCCAUGGACGUCGAAGCUGACUUCACUGUCGAAACCCUGGAGAGGAUGGCCCGGCUGAGAGAGCAGGCCAGACGAUCCCCGAGCCCGCAGCCUGAAACGUCCCGACGACGUCAAGCUCACAGGAAAGCCAGAGACAAAAGGGGUCGUAAGCCACUGCGACUGGGUAAGGAAGCAUUGUCCAAGAAAGGCUCAUCGAGUAAGUCUGCAGCUAUAGAAGUCCCAAAACUGAAGAGUCAGUACGGCGUCGAUGCCUGGAAGAGGUGGAUUCAGUGGAGGCAAACUCAGCCCAACCUGGAGAAGCCACGCUUUGGUUCUCGUCCCAUGGAGUUAAAGGAGGACAUCCUGCGGUGCACCACUGCUGAGCUAAGCUAUGGCCUGUGUUGCUUCAUCAGUGAGGUGAAACGACCAAAUGGAGAGCGGUAUUCCCCUGACAGCCUGUUCUACCUCUGCCUCGGCAUUCAACAGUACCUGUUUGAAAACGGUCGUGUUGAGAACAUAUUUAUGGAUCGCUUUUAUAACAAGUUCUCUACUGAGUUCACUGCUAUGCUAAGAGGUUUCCAACCCUCAAUCACAGCAAAAGGUUAUAUCCAUUCCCGUGUGGAGGAGGAGUUCCUGUGGGGCUGUAAACAGCUGGGGGCAUACUCCCCUAUUGUCCUUCUCAACACUCUGCUUUUUUUCUGCUGUAAAUUCUUUGGCUUCACCACGGUGGAGCAGCAUCGUCAGCUGUCCUUCGCUCAUGUCAUGCGCUGCACCAAAACCAACCCAAACAACACUAAGACCACUUUCCUGCGUUUCUACCCUCCAAUAGCAGUAAACGAGGCUGAGCCAGAGCCAGAGGUUCCAGCAAAAAAGAAAAAGGAGGAGGAGAACAAAGAGGAUAUCCUUGAGAUGAUCGAGAACACAGAGAACCCUCUCCGCUGUCCGGUUCGACUUUAUGAAUUUUACCUCUCCAAGUGCUCGGAGUCGGUCAAGCAGCGCACCAACCUGUUCUACCUUCACCCUGAGCGCUGCUGCGUCCCCAACAGCCCCCUGUGGUUCUCCUCCACCCCUCUGGAUGACAGCACCAUGGAGGCCAUGCUCACCCGCAUCCUAACCGUCAGAGAGCUGCAUCUCAGGACGGGGAAUGAGGGAAGCAUGAAGCGGGCCAAGAAACCUGAUGACCCCCCAUUUAUACCCGACUAUGAGGAAGAGGGGGACUCGGAGUGAUCAAGUGCAGUGAGAAAAGAAGUGACCUUUUUUCUGGUGCAGCAGCGUAUAGUGCAAAUGCUUUUAGGUUGACUGAAACAUUAAUUCAAACAAAAAAACCAUCAGACAUAAAUCAGCAGGAUUCAGCAUUUAAAUACAAACUUGACAAAAGUUACAUUGUGUUGAACAGCAGGGAAGAUCAUGCUUCCUAAACCCCGUUGAUCAGGAGUUGUAGAAUUUAUCAAACGCACAGUGUCAGUGUAGGUUGGACUUGGGAACUGAGAUGCGAGGCUCAGCAUUCAGACUGUUUACUGUUAUUGCUCACAUGGCUGUCCUUUUUCUGCUGAAUGGUUGCUCAUCAUCAACACUACUACUGGUUACCUUCCAUUUGUUAUGAUUCCUUAAGUUCUUGUAAAAAUGUGUCAUCCUUGUUUGAACAAGCCACAAAACUGUUGAUCUCUGUUGGAUUCAGUGUCUAAAAAUCCACCCUUGAAAACCGACUGAAAACAUUUCUAUGUGAAUUGUCUUGUUCAGUUGCAAAACUGCAGUUUGGUUUCCUUGUCAUCAAUUUAACGUUGCCUUUAUAUACUGUAAGAAUUUUACUGUAAGAGCUAUUAUUCAUCCCAAACCCAAUAUUCUUAUUGGUUUUGACCCUGAUAAUCGUCACAAAGUCAUAGGAAAAAAAAAACACAUGAAAGACCAUCACAGUUUGAGAGGACCGCCAUAGUAAAAUGGGAUAAAUGAUUCAACAACUAAAGUUUUACAUUUCUUGUACUCAUAAUUAUUUUACUUUAAAAUGUCUGGUUAACUGAUUCUGAGAUUACUGUAUCUUGACUUUGUCCACUAUGGAAAACAAAUUUUAAUCCCUACUAUUCCCAUAUACUGGGGAAGAAAACAGUAACUUUAUAUUUGAUUUCACCACCUUUUAAGAAAGUAUGUAAUGGCUAUUGUCCCUGUAAAUGCUGACACUCUAUACAACUCUGAAAAGUUUUACAUCAUCUGAGUGCCAGAUUACCAUGUAAUUAUUUGAAAGUAUACAAUCAAGUCCCUUCAUGUCUAUCUUGAGUCAUGUUAGCCCCAUGUCUUGAACAAUGGCUGACGAGGUUCUGAGUAUUUUCUAUUGCCUGUUGUUUUUUAAUAAAUCAUUCCAAAACUUUGUUGUCAUUUAUUCAACAUAAAGUUCUUACAA